AUGUUCGAGAAGAAGAGCACAAAAACGCAAGAAGAUAAGACGACAGAGACGGUGGUGACGGCGGUGUAUGAAGGUAAUAGAAAGCAUGAUGCUGACGGUGAAUUUGAUUCUGUUGAAGCUUUGAAAGGGGAGUAG